AUGGUGGGGCUGAGUUGGACAAGGGCUUGUGUCUUGGCCCUCUGCAUCAUGCUGUUCUUGCACCCGGCUGCGGCUAUCCGCUUUGUGAUUGAUAGGGAGGAGUGUUUCUCGCAUAACGUGGAAUAUGAGGGGGAUACUGUUCAUGUAUCCUUUGUGGUGAUCAAGGCUGACACUCCGUGGCAUUAUAGCGAGGAUGGGGUGGAUCUUGUGGUUAAAGAUCCUAAUGGAGCUCAAGUCCGUGACUCUCGUGACAAAAUUAGUGACAAAUUUGAGUUCAUAGUUCAGAAGAGAGGUGUCCAUCGCUUCUGCUUCACCAAUAAAUCCCCAUAUCACGAAACCAUAGACUUUGAUGUGCAUGUUGGACAUUAUUCAUAUUUUGACCAGCAUGCGAAAGAUGAACAUUUUUCACCGUUGUUCGAACAAAUUGCUAAGUUGGAUGAAGCACUUUACAACAUUCAGUUUGAGCAGCACUGGCUGGAGGCCCAAACCGACCGGAGAGGAGCAUUAUGCCAGUUUUUGGCAGUUCUUGGUGCUGGAUGCCCAGUGAACGAGAAUAUGAGCAGGAGGGCCAUCCACAAGGCGCUUUUCGAGUCGGCUGUGCUCAUCGCAGCCAGCGUCAUUCAAGUCUACCUGUUGCGCCGACUCUUCGAGCGCAAGCUGGGGACAUCUAGGGUCUAA